GCGCCGCCAGCUGUCCGCGCCGCGCCCCCCGCCAGCCCCGCCGCAACAUGGCCCGCGCCGCCAGCCGCCGGCCCGCGACCCCGGAGCGCGGCGCGGCCGGCCGCUGAGCGCGGCCCGCAGGCGGGAGGCCGGCGCGGCCUCGGAGCCCGCGCCCGCCGCGGCCCGGACCCCUCCCCCGCGCGGCCCCGCGCCCCGGAGCGCCCCGCCGCCGCCGCCGCCGCCGCCCGGCCCGAGCAUGGAGACGGCGGAGAAGGAGUGCGGCGCCCUGGGCGGGCUUUUCCAGGCCAUCGUCAACGACAUGAAGAGCUCCUACCCCAUCUGGGAGGACUUCAACUCCAAGGCCACAAAGCUGCAUUCCCAGCUGAGGACUACUGUGCUGGCUGCUGUGGCCUUCUUGGAUGCCUUCCAGAAAGUGGCUGACAUGGCUACCAACACCCGAGGGGCCACACGGGACAUCGGCUCAGCGCUCACGCGCAUGUGCAUGCGCCACCGCAGCAUCGAGACCAAGCUGCGGCAGUUCACCAACGCGCUGCUGGAGAGCCUCAUCAACCCACUGCAGGAGCGCAUCGAGGACUGGAAAAAGUCGGCCAACCAGCUGGACAAGGACCAUGCAAAAGAGUACAAACGGGCUCGGCAUGAGAUCAAGAAGAAAUCCUCAGACACGCUGAAGCUGCAGAAGAAGGCACGCAAAGAGCUACUUGGGAAAGGAGACCUGCAGCCCCAGCUGGACAGUGCCCUGCAGGAUGUCAACGACAUGUACCUUCUGCUAGAGGAGACGGAGAAGCAGGCAGUGCGCCGGGCACUGAUUGAGGAGCGAGGCCGCUUCUGUACCUUCAUCACCUUCCUGCAGCCUGUGGUGAAUGGAGAGCUUACCAUGCUGGGAGAGAUCACCCACCUGCAGGGCAUCAUCGACGACCUGGUGGUGCUGACCGCAGAGCCCCACAAGCUGCCUCCCGCCAGCGAGCAGGUGAUCAAAGACCUGAAGGGUUCAGACUACAGCUGGUCCUACCAGACCCCCCCCUCGUCACCCAGCAGUUCCAGCUCCCGGAAGUCCAGCAUGUGCAGUGCCCCCAGCAGCAGUAGCAGUGCCAAGGGUGGCGGAGCCCCGUGGCCAGGGGGUGCCCAAACAUACUCACCCAGUUCCACUUGUCGCUACCGCAGCCUGGCGCAGCCAGCCACCGCCACCACCCGCCUCUCCAGCGUCUCCUCCCAUGACUCUGGUUUCGUCUCCCAGGAUGCCACCUACUCCAAGCCCCCCUCGCCCAUGCCUUCAGACAUCACCAGCCAGAAGUCCUCCAGCUCUGCGUCCUCUGAGGCCUCGGAAACCUGCCAGUCCGUUAGCGAGUGCAGCUCCCCCACCUCGGACUGGUCCAAGGCUGGCCCUCACGAGCAGCCCUCAGCCACCACCCUGCAGCGGAGGAAGGACCGGGUGGAACUCCUCCGAGACACAGAGCCAGGCCCUGCCAGCGGGAGCAUUGUGGGCCCCAGUGGGGAGGAGGUGCCUCGACCCCGGAUGUCCCCUGCCACCAUUGCAGCCAAGCACGGUGAGGAGGUGUCCCCUGCAGCCAGUGACCUGGCCAUGGUGCUGACCCGAGGCCUGAGUCUCGAGCACCAGAAGAGCAGCCGAGACUCACUCCAGUACUCGAGUGGCUAUAGCACGCAGACCACCACGCCCUCAUGCUCCGAGGACACCAUCCCAUCCCAAGGCUCCGACUACGACUGCUACUCCGUGAAUGGGGAUGCAGACAGCGAGGGCCCUCCUGAGUUCGACAAGUCAUCCACCAUCCCGAGAAACAGCAACAUCGCCCAAAACUACCGCCGCCUGAUCCAGACCAAGCGCCCAGCUUCUACCGCUGGGCUGCCCACUGCGGGGCUACCAGCAGCCAGCGGCCUGCCCUCUGGUGCACCCCCUGGCGUGGCCACCAUUCGCCGCACACCCUCCACCAAGCCCACCGUGCGUCGCACUUUGUCCAGCGCUGGUCCCAUCCCCAUCCGGCCGCCCAUCGUCCCAGUGAAGACGCCUACCGUGCCAGACUCCUCUGGCUACGUGGGGCCCACCCGGGCAGGCAGCGAAGAGUGUGUCUUCUACACGGAUGAGGCCGCCUCCCCACUGGCCGCAGACCUCGCCAAGGCCUCCCCAAAGAGACUCAGCCUGCCCAACACAGCGUGGGGCAGCCCGUCCCCAGAGGCAGCCAGCUACCCAGGGGUCGGAACGGGGUCCGGGCUGGCAGCUGAGGAUGAGGAGCAGCAACAGCUGGCUGCAAACCGGCACAGCCUGGUGGAGAAGCUGGGGGAGCUGGUGGCAGGCGCCCAUGCCCUGGGCGAGGGCCAAUUCCCCUUCCCCACCACCCUGUCGGCCACCCUCACAGAGGAGACACCCACCCCACCUCCAGCUGCCACCAGUGACCCCCCAGCUGAAGACAUGCUGGUGGCAAUCCGGCGUGGGGUCCGGCUCCGCAGGACCGUCACCAAUGACAGGUCAGCACCCCGCAUUGUAUGAUGGCACCGCCCUCCCCACCCUCUUUGGCCUCGGUGUGAGCAGGUGGCCUGGCCUAUGAGCAGCAGCUGCUCAGAGCGAAGGCACAGUCAGGAGGGAGUGCUGGGCCAGGGAAGAGGCAGAGCCACUCUAUGGAAAGAGACACCAGGCUUGGAUUCCAGCAUUUAAACAGGAGGUGACCUCUUUAACAACCUUGCCAGGACAGCGCCCACGGGCCUGGAACUGGGCUGGAGCCCGUUUUAUACUUUUCUGUCCCCUUCCUCCGUACAGGCCUUGCCUCUGCCAUACCCCAGUGAGCACCAGAGCCACAGCCCCUGCCCAUGGGAGAGGGGCCAGCAGGCCUCCCUCUGGCCAUCCCAGCCCCACCUGACCUGGGACCCACAGCAAGGCCACCUGUCCUGGCUGCUUCUCAUCCUCACCUGAGUGCCCUCCUUCCCUCUUGCCCUCUCUCUGCCUCCCCAGGUUGCUGUCCAUUGGGAGGCAGGGCGGCUGUGGAGGGACCAGGGGCCCAAUCGGCUGAGGUAUCUGUGCAGGUGGCAGUUGGGAGGCCAGGCCCACCACGGGGGAAGGGAGCCUGGGGGCCCAGGUUGCGUCUCAGGGAGGAAAUACAGGGGGCUUACCUGGGGGGCUGGGGGUCCUAAGGUGGCUCCCACUGCGGCCUCCCCUCCCCAGGAGGUUGCCUGCAGGGGGGGGUGGGGAUGGGCAAGGCAGCUCCCCCAGAAACUAGGACAGCAGGGUAGGGGCCCCGAGGCCAGGUCAUCUGGCCAGCCUCGAGGGUGCUGUCUUCAGAUGUCUGGUUCUUAUCUGGACACA